GGCGUAAUUCACCUUAAUGUUGCUUACCAACCUCAAUGCCAUGUAGAAGAAGAAGCAGCUGCGGAAGAAGAAUGUUAUUGUAAAGUCUUGUGAUAAAUUGACCAACCAACGAGCUCAAUGGUGGUGGUUUCUCACGCGGCUCACGAUGAAGACAAAUAAAUCCUACAAGCUGGUGCUGCACAAGAAAGGCUUUGGGGGAAGCGAUGACGAGUUGGUUGUCAACCCAAAAGUUUUUCCUCAAGUCAGUCUUGGGGAUAUCAUUGAAAUUGCACACCCGACAGAUGAAUUCAGUCCCCUUUUGCUGCAAGUGAAGAGCCUCAAAGAAGACCUCCAGAAAGAGACCGUCAGUGUGGAUCAGACAGUGGCACAGGCGUUCCGGCUCCGUGCAUACCAAGACGUCAUUGUCAACAUCGUGGACCCAAAGGAUGUAACACUGGACCUGAUGGAACUGACGUUUAAGGACCAGUACAUCGGCAGAGGGGAAAUGUGGAGACUAAAGAAGAGUUUGGUGAGCACAUGUGCCUACGUGUCACAGAAAGUGGAUUUUGCUGGAGUCAGAUCGCAGGCGAGUGAAAUGUGGGUGAAAGGAGAGAAAGUGACGUGCGGAUACGUCAGCGAGGAAACCAGGGUUGUGUUCAGGUCCACGUCAGCGAUGGUUUACAUCUUCAUCCAGAUGAGCUGCGAGAUGUGGGACUUUGAUAUUUACGGGGACCUGUAUUUUGAAAAGGCUGUCAACGGUUUCCUGUCUGACCUUUUCAGCAAGUGGAAGGAAAAGAACUGCACCCAUGAAGUGACGGUGGUGCUCUUUUCCCGAACUUUCUACCACGCCAGAUCACUCGAUGAAUUCCCUGAGAGUUUAAGAGGGUCGAUUCAACAGGAUCACGAAGGCCGCUACUUUGAAGACUUCUAUAGGGUCGUGGCUCAGAAUGAGCGUCGGGAUGAGUGGACGUCGUUAUUGGUUACCGUCAAGAAGCUCUUUAUUCAGUAUCCUGUACUGGUGCGGCUCAAAGAAGCAGACGGCGUUCCCGUCAGCUAUAACUCAACCUCUGCUCAGGGGAACUACUUGGAAGCCAUCAACCUCUCUUUCAACGUUUUCGACAAGCAUUACAUCAAUCGCAACUUCGACCGCACCGGGCAGAUGUCAGUGGUCAUCACGCCGGGGGUUGGCGUCUUCGAAGUGGACCGUCUGCUGAUGAUCCUGACCAAGCAGCGGAUGAUUGACAAUGGUAUCGGUGUUGAUUUGGUGUGUAUGGGAGAGCAGCCGUUGCACGCGGUGCCCCUCUUUAAGUUGCAUAAUAAGUCCACACCUCACACCGGCGUGGGGAACGACUACAACCUCCCCCACUGGGUCAACCACAGCUUUUACACCUCCAAAAGUCAGAAUUCAUGUAGUACCUUUAUUCCCAGAAUCAAACUCGCUUGUCCGAAGCGUCAUGCAGAAAAGGUGAAGAAAGGCACGGAGCAAACUUUAUGCGUACAAAAGGACUGCGACAACAGCCUGCCCAUACAGGUGGACUUCCAUGCUUACGACUCACAGGUCUUCCGACUUCCUGGUCCCUCACUCAUUCAGCGGAUUCCCAAUAGUCGGAUGGGUCGAGGUAAAGAGAGGAGCGGAAAGAAGAGCUGCGGAUCAGCGGACAUCAGCAGCGGCAUCGGCAUAUCCCCCCCCGUGUGCCUCAGCGGUCCUGAUGAACAACACAGCCUGACGUCCGAUGACAGCCUGGGCCCCGUGUCCAAUAUGCUGGUGAUACCCCGGAUGCCCCCCAUCCAGUAUGAAGUCAGCAGCUCUCUGGGAUACACGUGCGCCAGAGAGAUGCUGGAGAAGACGAUGGACUCCCAACGAGACUCAAGCGCCCCGGCCAGGUUCACGGUGGGAAGUGCCGAGUCGACGCUGUUCAUACGUCCCGGGGGUUAUACACCCCAAAGAGCGCUUAUAAAUCCCUUCACGCCGACCAGGAUGCCCAUGAAGCUCACGUCAAACCGUCGGCGCUGGAUGCACACCUUCCCUGUCGAUCCCUCCGGAGAGGCAAUUCAGAUCCACCACCAGACCAGACAAAAUAUCGCUGAGUUGCAGGUGAGCCAACAGAGAGAUCCCGAGCACACUUCGGCUGAGCUGCUGGAACUGGCCUAUCACGAAGCCACAGGACGGCAAAACAAUGCCCUUCAAGCAGACAAGCAUGCCCUUUACAUGAGUGGAGGGACGCAAGAAUUCCCUGACAGUCCUGGAAGCAAGGCCAAUGGUGCUCUUACCAACAGUGUUUCUGCUUUUGAGGAUGUCUACCAAAGUGCCAAUCCAAUGCCCAGCUUCUGCUGCACAGUGGGCGUUGACUGGAAGUCCCUGACCACACCGGCCUGCCUGCCCCUCACCACUGACUACUUCCCCGACCGCCAAAUGCUACAAAGCGACUACACGGAAGGAUGCUACGACUUGCUGCCGCACAGCGAUCUGGAGAGACGAGAAGAUGAAGCUCCGGGGAUGAGUGCCAAUCAAGUGUUUGAAGAGUUUGUCUGUCAGAGGUUGAUGCAGGGCUACCAGAUCAUUGUCCAAAAUAACAAGAGGAGAUCACAACCCACCGUGACCACCCCACUUGGCAGCAGUCCCCUGUACACCAGAGGUUUGGUAUCGCUGCGUCGGGUGGAAGAAGAAGAGACGGUUUACUGGCUCAGUAUGGGCCGCACCUUUCAUAAGGUUUGCCUCAAAGACAAGAUCAUCACCGUGACCCGCUACUUGCCCAAGUAUCCGUACGAGUCGGGUCAUAUCCAGUACAGCUACAGCCUCUGUCCUUCACACGUGGAUGCUCAGUUUGUGUCCUGCUGGGUAGAGUUUGGCCACGAGAGACCAGAGGAAUAUAAGUGGAAUUACCUGGACCAGUACAUAUGCUCCACUGGAUCCGAAGACUUCAGUUUGAUUGACUCGCUGAAGUUCUGGAGGACCAGGUUUCUCCUGCUUCCGGCUGGCGGUGCUCGACGCGUGGCGGACGUGGACGGGCACUGGGAUGUUUACGGAGAUGGACCCAGCGCAGGGAUGGCUGGAAGUGGAGACUGGGCCCUGCUGGAUGGUUUUAUACGCUUUCUGGAGGGACUCAACCGUAUCCGACGACGCCAUCGUUCCGACAGGAUCAUUAGACAAAAAGGCAAUCCAAUGAAGGCCAUGAAUUCCCACCUUUCGUAUCCUUUCGAGCAUGUGACGCCUCUGCAGGGCAAAAAAGGAACAUCGGCUUUAUCGGCCUUACUGGAGAUGGAGCAGAACCAGAGGACUUUCGAGGAACAGCAGAAGGCAAGACCCCUGACAUCUGUUAUUGAACUCUCAAGCGUCGUCACAGCAGAAAGUCCACGCAAGUUGCCUGCUGAGUACGUUGAAGGUGCGGACAAGGGACUUCAAGCAGGGCAGGCGGGCGGAGCAGCAGCGCCAUCUGUAGGAGAGACGGCAGCCGGGAACAGCGUUGACCCCGGUGGGCAGUUUACAGCGGAAGACUUUUCUCUGUCCUCUUCAUCAACACUCCUGGAGAUCCUGGAGGCCAUUAAACAUCCCACGACGGGCGUACUGCUGCUCCCAGAGCAGAGGGGUCUGCCCCUCAACUGCUUCAUAAGCGCCGAGGUCGUCCACUGGCUGGUCACCAAUGUGGAGGGCGUGGCCGCACAGAGCAUGGCUGUGGAUAUUAUGCAGAAAAUGCUGGAUGAAGGUUUGGUGGCCCACGCAUCCGGAGAUGCCAUGCGGACCUUCGUGUAUGGCUUCUACAUCUACAGGAUCGUGGCGGAGAAGGACGCAGGUCAGGGGUCACAGCCGCCGCCGACGACGGUGGCUUGCGGCUGGUCCACGGCAGCCUUGGAGGACUUCGCACUGUUUCAGAGGAAGUGGUUCGAGGUUGCCUUUGUGUUGGAGGAGCAACAGCCAUGUGACCUGCCGGCCUUUCUGCUGCCCUGGUUGCCGAGCCGACCGGCCUCCUACGCCAGCAGGCACAGUUCCUUCAGCCGCAGCUUUGGAGGACGCAGCCAGUCGGCCGCACUGCUCGCUGCGACCGUCCCGGAGCAGAAGACGGUCACCGUGGAUGUGGACGCUAAUAACCGCAGGGGCCGAACGGAAUGGUGCACCUGUUAUUACAACGGCAGCUUCUCCUUAAAUUCCGCCUUUGAGAUCAAGCUUCACUGGAUGGUUGUCACCGCUGCGGUCCUCUUUGAGAUGGUGCAAGGUUGGCACAGGAAAGCGGCGUCAUGUGGUUUCCUAUUGGUUCCCGUGUUGGAGGGGCCGUUUGCGCUGACGUCACACCUGUACGGCGAUCCACUGAGAGCCCAGCUCUUCAUUCCUCUUCAUAUUCACUGCCUGAUGAAGAAUGGCAGCGAAAACUUGUUUGACGGUUUUGAACCGGAGACCUACUGGGACAGGAUGCAGCUUUUUCAAGAGGCAAUAUUGUUCAGAUUUGGGUUUGUGCUGGACAAGUUUUCUGCCUCGCCGUUUAACUUCCCUUCGGAGAGCAGGUCCCAGUACAUUCACCUGACAGGCACCGUGCUCCUCCAGCUGCCGUACUCCAAAAGGAAGUACGCCAGCGGGCAGCAGCGUCGCCGCAGGAACUCCACCACAUCCAACAACCAGGCACCGUUCAGCGGCGAAGAUCAGAUCGGCUACUACUGGGCCUACAACACCAUGCUUACCAAAGCCUGGAGGACCGGUGUACUGGGGGACGAGAAGCUGGCUGAGCGCCUGCUCAAAGACUUUACGGACUUCUGUGCCAACAAGGACAACAGAUUACUCCACUUCUGGGAUAAUUGCAGGGAGAAAAUCAACAGCAGCGCCCCCUGAUGGCUACAAGCAGUGUUGCAGUUGAGUGCACCCCUUUAUUUCAAAGGAAAAAUGCUGCAUUUUUUGUGGAUUAAUUCUACAUAUUUUAACAAAGAUGUUUUAUUAGGAUAUGCAAUCACUGACAACCAAGAGGAUGUUCAUAUAGCCAGUGCUCUACCAAAAUAAAAGAUCAUUUCAUGGUCCCUGAAUGAAUGUAUAAAAAUAAUAAAAUCACACUUUUUUAUCUAUAAUGUGACUGAAAUAUUACAGACUGGGGGGGUGGAAAUAUCCAUACGUUCACCCCCAAAUAAACAGAAUCCAGCUGCUUGCAAAUGAAUAGGCGAAUAAACUAUGUUUCCCCGGUGCUCCCCCGAGCACAGCAUUCGGUCCAUUCGGCAACACUCGGGCAAAAUCGGCGAAUCUCACCAUAUAACCCAUAAAUCAAAAACAAACAUCUGAUUUUGUCAAAUUUUUGUUGCCUAACUGUUUCCCAAGUAUAAUAUUGUGUGUGAAU